CUUUCUUCUUUCCUUCCUUCUUGCUAAAGGAAUACAUACCAUGGCUACUGUCUCUACCCUGUCCUCUCCACGGAGCGAGCACCCCGAAUCCGAUCUUUCUCCAAACCAUUCCAAUCUCUCUCCGGCGAUGAUGCAACCGGAACCUACCGCCGCCGUCCAGGAGGAUGGGAACGAGGCGCCCUCACAGGACCCUUAUCCUCAAGCUACUCCCGUUCUAUGUUCAAGCCCUACUCACGAUCUCCAAGAUCGGUCUUGCCUUCCUUCUCUCUCGCUUCUUCACGUCUCUUUCAAUCAAGAUCACGGUUGUUUCGCCACCGGCACCGAUCGAGGAUUCAGGAUUUACAAUUGCGAUCCCUUACGUGAGAUAUUCCGUAGAGAUUUUGACCAUGGAGGCGGUGUCGGUACAGUGGAGAUGCUUUUUCGCUGCAAUAUACUCGCAUUGGUCGGUGGAGGGCCGGAUCCGCGCUAUCCGUUGAAUAAGGUUAUGAUUUGGGAUGAUCAUCAGAGUCGGUGCAUCGGGGAGUUGUCAUUCCGGUCGGAGGUUCGAGGAGUUCGGCUUAGGAGGGAUCGGAUUAUGGUUGUUCUUGAGCAGAAAAUCUUUGUAUACAAUUUUGCCGACUUGAGAAUGUUGCAUCAAAUUGAGACGACUGUGAAUCCUAAAGGUCUAUGCUCGGUAUCUCAAGCUGCCGGAACCUUUGUGCUGGUUUGCCCGGGUUUACAGAAGGGGCAAGUGAGAGUUGAGCAUUAUACCUCCAGGCGGACAAGGUUCAUUAUGGCUCAUGAUUCAAGAAUUGCUUGUUUUGCUCUGACUCAGGAUGGAAGCAUGCUUGCCACAGCUAGCACAAAGGGAACUCUUGUGAGGAUUUUCAAUACGUCCGAUGGAUCAUUGUUGCAAGAGGUUAGACGCGGUGCAGAUAGAGCAGAAAUAUAUAGUCUUGCAUUUUCUUCAACUGCUCAAUGGCUGGCUGUAUCAAGCGAUAAAGGCACUGUCCAUGUUUUCAACCUUAAAAUUGAUAUGGGAAACUUAAGAACUGAAAGGCCUCAAGGAGUGUCUGACACUGUUCAGACUGUUUCAUCACCCAUUUCAUCACUUUCUUUCAUUAAGGGUGUAUUGCCCAAGUAUUUCAGCUCUGAAUGGUCUGUUGCUCAGUUUCGCUUACCUGAAGGUUCUCAAUAUAUUGUUGCUUUUGGUCACCAAAGAAACACUGUUGUAAUUCUGGGCCUGGACGGAAGCUUCUACCGGUGCCAGUACGAUCCAACAAAUGGGGGAGAGAUGACUCAGUUGGAAUAUCACAACUUCCUCAAACCCGACGAAGCCUUCUAGCGCGGUGCUUGCUUCUCUGAUGAUGAUACUUAUGUUGUUAUUGUCAAUGUUCUUUCUUAAUGAAAUGUUGUAAAUAUUUGACCAUAGUGUUGGCCAAAUCAAUGAUUUACUACUCUGCUUCCUUCCGCUCAUGUUUAAUAAUAACAUUAUGAAGCAACACGGGGACAACUACUCUAAAUACUCUAUGGAAUAUUGAUGAUGAUGUGAAUACAUAAACCAAACCUUUAAUGAUUUCUUU